UUGAAAAAUGGCAGCCGUGCUGAGGUUCCACCGUGUACUCCGGUUAGGAAAAUGCUCGAUUUCCUUUCCAUCGUCAGCAUUAGUUAACAAAACUAAUGGUCAACGAUCCUUAACAAAGUACCGGCAAAAUGCAUUGCCAACACCAUUUAAGCAAGCUAGAUUUCUCUCUUCUCAAGCAGAACCACAAAGUUCAGAACCAGACGAGCACAAUAUUAUUAAAGAUACCGAAAAGGCUAUAGGUGGAACAGCUAAGCAUGAAUUCCAGUCAGAAACUCGAGAGUUACUGAAUAUUGUUGCUAAAUCGUUGUACUCUGAUAAGGAGGUCUUUAUCAGAGAAUUAAUUUCCAAUGCAAGUGAUGCCUUGGAAAAGUUAAGACAUAUAAGCCUAGUUGAAAAUUUAUCUGCUGAUGAAGGAGGAGACAGGAACUUUGAAAUCCAUAUAGCUACUGAUAAACAGAAUCGUCUAUUGAUUAUUCAAGAUACAGGGGUAGGGAUGACUAGAGAAGAAUUAAUAUCAAAUCUAGGAACGAUCGCUCGUUCAGGAUCAAAGGCGUUUUUGGAACAAUUGAGCGAAAAAAAAGGCGCGGAUGAAGCGUCGAAAAUUAUUGGUCAAUUUGGAGUUGGUUUUUACAGUUCCUUUAUGGUAGCCGAUAAAGUCGAGGUUUUCACAAAAUCGUACAAAAAGGAUUCAGAAAGCCUCUAUUGGGUUUCUGACGGGUCAGGAUCGUACGAGAUUUCAAAUGCAGAAGGUGUCCAACCAGGAACAAAAAUUGUUUUACAUUUGCGCCCCGACGCUCGGGAAUUCAGCGAUGAUAUAGCUGUAAAUGCUGUCAUCAAGAAGUACAGUAAUUUUGUUGGAAGCCCUAUUUUUGUGAAUGGAAAACGAGCCAAUACGAUAGAGGCGUUGUGGACUCUUGACCCUAAAGAUGUAAAACCAGAACAACACACUGAAUUUUAUCGUUUUAUCAGCAAUUGUUACGAUAACCCUCGGUUUACUUUACAUUAUUCCACUGACGUUCCCAUCAGUAUACGUGCUCUGCUAUACUUUCCUGAAACCAAACCAGGUCUUUUUGAAAUGACGAGGGAUGCUUCAAUUGGUGUAUCAUUGUACAGUAGAAAAGUGUUGAUUCAACAUAAAGCUGAAAAUAUACUUCCAAAAUUCCUUCGAUUUUUAAAGGGAGUUGUAGAUUCAGAAGAUAUUCCACUAAAUUUAAGUAGAGAGUUAUUGCAGAAUAGCGCAUUGAUUUCAAAAAUACGGGAUGUCAUAACUACUCGAGUCGUUAGAUUUUUGCAAGAACAGGCGAAAAAACAUCCUGAAGAGUACCUCGAGUUUUAUAGAGACUACAAUACUUUUUUUAAAGAAGGCAUCGUAACCAGCACGGAUGAUACUGGAAGGGAGGAAAUAAGCAAGCUUUUACGAUUUGAAUCUUCUAAUAAACCACCUGGUGAAGUGCUAAGCCUUCCGGAGUACUGUGAAAGACUUGCAGAGGGUCAAAAAUAUAUUUAUUAUUUAGCAGCUCCAAACCGAACUUUAGCUGAGAAUUCGCCAUACUUUGAGUCGUUCAAAAAACGCAACGUAGAAGUAUUGUUCUGUUAUGAACCUUAUGAUGAACUAAUCUUCAUGCAUAUGAAAAAAUUCAAAUCAUUUGAUGUAAUAUCUGUCGAAAAAGAGAUGCGACAAAAUACGGAGCCAGCAGAUAAAACAGAACUAUUCAAAGAUGAAGAACUUCUUUCCUACAUGAAAAGUAUUUUAAAGAAUAAGGCUUUUGAUGUCAAAAUUACGGACCGUUUAGAGAAUCACCCUUGCGUGGUCACGGUUCAGGACAUGGCAAAUGCUAGACACUUUAUUCGAUCGCAAGGUUACCAGUUGAGUGAUGAAAUGCGCUAUAGUCUUCUUCAGCCACGUUUGGAGAUAAAUCCUAACCAUCCUUUGAUAAAAAAUCUCAAAAAACUAACUGAGACGGAUAAACCGAUUGCUGAUCGUUUAACUGAGCAGCUCUUCAUGAACGCCAUGGUCUCAGCUGGUCUUGUCGAUGAUUCCAAAGGGUUACUUAUUUCUAUGAAUCAGCUGUUAACGAUGAUCCUUGACAAGAAGUUUAAUGAAAAGUAAUGUAGAUUAAGUAAUGAAAACUUUAUGUUGUAAAUAUUUUAAUGUUUAAUUUGAAAAAAAAAUUUUUAUA